CUGCGUCCCACCUCUUAUCGCGUCGUCGAUAAGCUAUCAAACCCCCGCGAUCCCAUGGGCUGCUCUCUGACGCAACCCCUCCAUGUUUUAACAAGCUCACUUCGCUGCAACCUAAAACUAUAACAUCUGAGUGUCUAGAAGCAACUCGAAAACAGCUUCAUUGACCCAUCUGUUUACUGUGCGGCCAAAGGUCCGUUUACACACACGCACAACAUGUCUCACGAGCACUCCCACGACGGGCCCCACGGCCACUCCCACUCCCACGAGGGUGGCUUCAACGCCCAGGAGCACGGUCACUCUCAUGAGAUCCUCGACGGUCCCGGCAGCUACCUCGGCCGAGAGAUGCCCAUUGUCGAAGGUAGGAACUGGAGUGACCGCGCUUUUACCAUUGGUAUCGGGGGCCCCGUUGGUUCCGGCAAGACGGCGCUGAUGCUCGCCCUCUGCCUCGCCCUGCGCGAGAAGUACUCCAUCGCUGCCGUGACCAACGACAUCUUCACACGCGAGGACGCUGAGUUCCUCACGCGCCACAAGGCACUCCCGGCGCCGCGCAUCCGCGCCAUCGAGACGGGCGGCUGCCCACACGCCGCCGUCCGCGAGGACAUCUCGGCCAACCUCGCCGCCCUCGAGGACCUGCAUCGCGAAUUCGACGCCGACCUGCUCCUCAUCGAGUCCGGCGGCGACAACCUGGCCGCCAACUACUCGCGCGAGCUCGCCGACUACAUCAUCUACGUCAUUGACGUCUCGGGCGGCGACAAGAUCCCGCGCAAGGGUGGCCCCGGAAUCACGCAGAGUGACCUGCUGGUCGUCAACAAGACGGACCUUGCCGAGAUCGUCGGCGCCGACCUCGGCGUCAUGGAGAGGGACGCCCGCAAGAUGCGCGAGGGCGGGCCGACCGUCUUCGCCCAGGUCAAGAAGAACGUCGCCGUGGACCACAUCGUCAACCUGAUCCUGAGCGCCUGGAAGUCGAGCGGCGCCGAGGAGAACCGCAGGGCGGCAGGCGGCCCGCGGCCGACGGAGGGCCUGGACAGCCUCAAGGCUUAAGCCGGAGUGGGAGUGGGAGCGGGAGGGGCCACGGGACCGUGGUCACGACUGCAACGUGUAAAAGAGAGAGGGGAAAAAAAAGUGAAGAAAA